UAAUGCUUGAUCUGGUGUCAUAAUGUGGAGGACCUAUAUGUUGCCAGAUAACAACAAUAGGAGAGGAGAAUAUGCAGGAGCUGCUAUUUGGGGAAGCAGCCCUUCCAUUGAUGUUAAAAGAAACCAUGUCUAUAUUGGAACAGGGAACCUCUAUUCUGCCCCAUUACACAUACGUCAGUGUCGAGAGAGACAAAAUAAUCGAACUGAACCUACUCAACCAGAUGAGUGUAUUGAGCCAGACAACCACUCCAAUUCGAUAUUAGCCCUUGAUUUGGAUUCGGGGAAGAUCAGAUGGUACCGCCAGUGUGGAGGCUUCGAUAUAUUUUUCUUAGCAUGUAUAAAUGCUUCAGCUCCUAAUUGUCCACCCCGAGGUCUUUGGCAAGAUGCUGAUUUUGGGGAGGCACCAAUGAUGUUGACCAUAUAUAUAAAUCGAACCAAGAAAGAUGUUGUUGUUGCGGUUCAGAAAAGUGGCUAUGCAUGGGCUUUAGAUCGCAACAACGGCAACCUCAUGUGGUUUACGCCUGCUGGGCCAGGAGGUAUAACAGGAGGUGGAACAUGGGGUGCAGCAACAGAUGAAAGAAGGGUUUACACCAACAUUGCCAAUUCCGAGGCCAAAAAUUUCACUCUUGCACCGUCAAACAUGACUACAACCGCUGGUGGGUGGGUGGCAAUGAAUGCCACUAAUGGUAGAGUUUUAUGGUCGACGGCUAACCCUACUAAUGGCCCUGUUAGUGUUGCAAAUGAAGUUGUCAUUGCUGGAUCUACGGAUAGAAUGGGAUCCAUUUAUGCUUUUGAUGCCAAUAAUGGGAAAAUUUUAUGGACCUAUAAAACUGGUGCCACUGUUUAUGGAGGCAUGUCAAUCAACAAUGGAUGCAUGUACGUGGGUCAUGGUUACAAUGUUUUCGUGUCGUCUCUCAUCAACAACUUUACGGGUGGAGCCUCACUCUUUGCCUUUUGCACUGUUAAGAAUUUACGUGGUUAAUAUGCGUGUUUGUGUUAGUUAUGUUCUAAAAAAUAUUUAUAUUUCUUUUGACUUUUGGAUAAGCUUUUGAAAAAGAACAGUUCUCAAAAUUAUGUGAUCAAUUAUCAAACACAUAUUAAAUAUAAAAAA